GCUCGGUCGGGUCGCACCCCCACGAUGGCUCUGCGGCCAGAGGUCCUGGACGAGCUACCCGCCUUCUGUCUGUCGCCAUGUGGGCCGCCCAAUCCAGCCGAGCUGUUCAGCGAGGAGCGGCGCCUGGCCCUGGAGGAGCUGGUGGCCGGCGGCCCCGAGGCCUUCACGGCUUUCCUGCGGCGCGAGCGCCUGGGUCGCUUUCUGAACCCCGACGAGGUGUGCGCCGUGCUGCACUCGGCCCAGCAGCCCAGGGAGGAGGGCGCGGCGGCGGCGGCGGCAGUAGCCGAGGACUCUUUCGGCUCCUCGCACGACUGCUCGUCCGGCACCUACUUCCCGGAGCAGUCCGACCUGGAGCCGCCGCUGCUGGAGCUCGGCUGGCCGGCCUUCUACCAGGGCGCCUACCGCGGCGCCACGCGCGUCGAGGCGCACUUCCAGCCCCGCGGUGCCGGUGCGGGCGGCCCCUACGGCUGCAAGGACGCGCUGCGCCAGCAGCUCCGCUCGGCGCGAGAGGUGAUUGCCGUGGUGAUGGAUGUUUUCACAGACAUUGACAUCUUCAGAGACCUGCAGGAAAUAUGUAGGGAGCAGAGAGUGGCUGUGUACAUCCUUCUGGACCAGGCCCUGGUCUCCCACUUUUUGGACAUGUGCAUGGAUCUGAAAGUUCAUCCCGAACAGGAAAAGCUGAUGUCAGUGCGGACUAUUACAGGAAAUAUCUACUAUGCAAGGUCAGGAACUAAAAUUGUCGGGAAGGUUCAUGAAAAGUUCACGCUGAUUGAUGGCAUUCGAGUGGCAACAGGCUCCUACAGUUUUACAUGGACGGAUGGCAAAUUAAAUAGCAGUAACUUGGUAGUUCUAUCUGGCCAAGUGGUCGAACACUUUGAUCUGGAGUUCCGGAUCUUAUAUGCCCAGUCGAAGCCCAUCAGCCCCAAACUCCUGUCCAACUUCCAGAUCAGUGGCAAGUUUGAUCAUCUAGUGGACCGAAAACCACUAACCAAGGAGCUCACACUAGGCAACCUGCUGCGCAUGCGGUUGGCCAAGCUGUCAAGUACACCCAAGAAGACCGACCUGGCCCCAGAGGAGCCUGUGGAGGGCAAGACAGGGACCAAGCCCCGCAACUCCGUGUCUUUCACCAUUAAUGAGGAAGACUACUUCCACAGCCACAGGGAUGAACUGGGGGACAGCAAGGCCGUUGAUGCUGCCACCCAGACAGAGGCAGAGGCGGAGAUGGCAGCAGUGAGCGUGAGUGAGGUGGGAACACAAACCAGCAUGGACACAGCUUGUGCCGGAACCCAGACCACCAUCGCCACCAGGGCGUCAAGCUCACAGACCACGGUGUGGUCCAAGUCAGCCACCACACAGACUGAUUCAGACGAGAGCAGUCACUUUUCUCAGGGAAUGCAGUCUAAAGAAGGAUCACCGGUGUCAAAAAUGUCAGUGUCAAGGUCCUCCAGUUUGAAGUCGUCCUCCUCUUUGUCUUCCCAAGGCUCAGUGGCAAGCUCCAUUGGCUCCCACGCUUCCCUCCGAGCCCCCGACUUCCACACUCCUGGAUACCCAAAGUACCUGGGCAGCCCCCACCUGGACCUCUGCCUGAGGGACUCAUUCAGAAACUUGAAUCAAGAGCGGCAGUUUCAUUUCGCUGGCAUCAGGUCCCGGCUCAACCACAUGCUGGCCAUGCUCUCGAGGAGAACACUCUUUGCUGAAAACUACCUUGGCUUUAAACCUGGAAAUUUUACCAGAGCAUCAGUGAAUUUGGUUGCUGUUAGAGAUACAGUACUUUAUCCUUCCUAUCAGUAACUGCUCCGUGUUGACUCCUGGUGCCAGCCAUCCUGUGGCAGAUAUCACCGGAGUUUCCUGCUUUCCAAAACCUCAUGUCUCUGACUGCCUUUCUCCCAACUUUUAGUCACUUUGGCUGUCUUUGAAUUCUGUUCUGCACAUUAUUUUACAUGCUUUUGUUUUAUUUUUGUCCUGUAGAAGCCAGGUGUUGGUUUUAUGGUUGAAACACUAUGGGUACAGUUUGUUUUGCACAGUUUUAACAGUUCUUAAGAAAAUGUUAGAUUUUUAACGUUAAUUCAAUAAUAGAUAAAAUAUUCUACAUUUUUCUUGAUUUGUAUACUUUUCUGUCUUAGGGGUUUGAGUCAUCAUUAUUUUUAUAGUCAAAAUCCUACUGAGGGGGAAAAAACUGUUUCUUAAAUGUUAUCUAUGUUAUUAGCAUUAAAUAAAUUUAGACAACUUUUGUUUGAAA